AUGGGUAAUUGGGGUACUUCUAUUUCUUCCUCGUCCUCCUCUGCUUCCUCCAGUGUAGAUCAAGACCUCGUUCUCUGGACAGACGAUUUAGAUUUUGAAGAAGAUCCAGUGUAUACCAAGCAAGCACUCGCCUCACAAAUAUCCAACAACAUCGUCCCGGAAAUGCACGACUCCCACCCGAAGCCGUACUGCAUCUGGUACUACCUCGGCAGCGAGGACACCUACCGGCGGCUUGCCCGGCGCUACCCGGAGAUGCGGUACCAUGUCGGCCGGGCCUGCGCCGCGGCCGGUUACGCCAAGCUCUAUUUCGAGCUCAACCUCCUCCCGGACAUAUCCAUCGCCGAAGAGGCGCGGGAUGCGCGGGACGCGGGGGCGCCCGACGUCGAUGUCGCGGGCGCGGAUGCGAUUUUCAGGGCCAUUGUCGAGCAGCCUGUGAGAUAUGCAGUCAUGGACGACUACACAUGUACCGUCAAUCUCGAGAACCCGGAGAGAAGGAUCAGGGUGGGUUUGAACGGGGACACGGCGUUGAGGUCGGGGUUGUUUGCGGAUGUGGAGAAGUUGACGCCGGCGGACUGGAGUCAGGGGCUGAUGUGGUUUGACAUCACCGGGGAGGGCGUCGGGGUUAACCCUGACAUGGCGAGACUGCCACGAGAGUUUGCGUGGUUGUUGUAUGAGCCGUUGCCGGUGGACUUGCCGACGGCGAGGAAGGAUGUUCUGAUUCUGAUGGCCGCUUGGGAAGGGGAUGUGGAUCGCUAUGUGAGGCUGCGGAGACCUGUUCCUGCGGAGAAGAGGGAGUCUUUGGCGGUGAUGAGGGGGAUCCAGCAUAGCACGACGUUUGCAAAGUGGUGGGCGGUUCACGAGGAGGAGAUGGGCAGGAUGGGAUGUUAUGGGAGAAAGAUCUGCAGAGCCGUUACGGCGAGGUUUAUCAUGGAUAACGACCUCUCUCGAGUUGGACCUGAGGCGGUGGACAGGGAAGACGUGGCGGAUCUGAUUUGGCAUCCAAAGAUUCCCGAAGAAAACACCUUGAGGGAACUUCUUAUCCGACGGCCGAACGCCAAAAUGCAGGUUAUCAUGGCUGCCAUUGCAGGACAAUACACCGGGACUUACUCGGAGUUGAAACCUCAUAUCUCGGAUAGGAGCCUACAACGCCAUGCAAUGGAUUGCGGCGUUGAUCUGACAUUGCCCGAGACCAAUGGCUCAGGCUUUCCGCAGAUGCAGUUGAGUCCUCGCUGCCAAGAACGAUCAAGGGAUUUACCGGGGUACUUGGACGGCAACUUCUGGUUCGAUGAUGGAGGCGGUCAAUAUGGAUACGCCUGGACAAAAGGAUACAACAGAAUUGCCGAGGAAAUGGCAAGAUGGGAACUGUACGCCUGCGCCCCUGACGGACUGAGAGAGCGAGCAGCGGUCGCCGGAGGUACUGAGCUUUACUGGGAGUGGAACAUGAUCGACACUUGGAGGGACUCUUUGCCUUGGAAUCAUAGAGACGAAGGCAAGGAGGACAGCAAACAGUAG